ACACACACACACACACACACACACACACACACACACACACACACACACACACACACACAAGCCCCUCCUCGCCUUUGCCUCGCACCAGUCCGUUUGUCCUCCUCUCUGCACAUAUAAUCAUCUCUCUCUUCAGACCAGUCGCCGCGAUUAAAAAGAGAGCCGUUUCUUGCCGGUUGAUGUGUUGAAGUGUUGCCGUUGACCCAGCAGCUUUCUGACGGAGGGGAGCGGCGCCAAAUGUGCGUCUGACAAAGGUGAGGAUGCUGUGGCACAUGGGGUUUGACAUAUCUCAGAAUUUUGGCUGUGAAAACAAGGAGGAUAGAAGAAGGAUAAAAACAGAAAGAGGGGAGUAAAAGGAGGUGUAUGUUGCCUUGCACUGUAGUUUCCCUGCCACUACCAUGAGUUGGAGUUUCCUGACUCGCCUGCUGGAAGAAAUCCACAACCACUCUACAUUCGUGGGCAAGAUCUGGCUCACCGUCCUCAUUGUUUUCCGCAUUGUGCUGACGGCCGUAGGAGGUGAGUCCAUCUACUACGAUGAGCAGAGCAAGUUUGUCUGCAACACGGGCCAGCCAGGCUGCGAGAACAUCUGCUAUGACGCCUUUGCUCCGCUCUCACACGUCCGCUUCUGGGUUUUCCAAAUCAUCCUGGUGGCCACCCCUUCACUCAUGUAUAUCGGCUACGCUGUCAACAAAAUUGCUCGUGCAGAGGAGCAAGCCGACAGUGGGGCAGUGAGGGGAUUUUCGCGGAUUAAACCCAAAAAACACUAUCUCGCAGGCAGAAAGCAGCACAGGGGCAUCGAAGAGGCUGAGGAUGACCAAGAGGAAGACCCAAUGAUCUAUGAAAUGGCAGAAAUGGAGAGUGAUGGAGCAGCAAAAGAAGAUAGUGGUGAGGGAAAACGAAAGGUUAAGGUGCGCCAUGAUGGGUGCCAGCGUAUCAGAGAGGACGGACUGAUGCGGAUUUAUGUCCUUCAGCUCUUGGCACGCUCCCUGCUGGAGGUGGCUUUCUUGUGUGGACAGUACGCGCUGUAUGGAUUUGCUGUGCCCGCCACCUACAUAUGCUCCUCCCAGCCCUGCCCUCACAAUGUGGACUGCUUUGUGUCACGACCCACUGAGAAAACUAUCUUCCUUCUCAUCAUGUACACAGUCUCCCUACUCUGUCUGGCACUCAAUAUAUGGGAGAUGCUUCAUCUGGGCGUAGGUACCAUCUGUGAGAUUGUGCGCUCCCGCCGUGUGCAGCUCCCUGACGACGAGCUUUACGGGCUGACACGGGGACAUGGUGCUCUCAAUAAGGCUGGGCUGAGUGGAGAGGAUUACAGCAGCUACCCUUUUUCCUGGAAUGCACCAUCAGCUCCGCCUGGGUACAACAUCGCCAUCAAGCCUCCUCUGGUAUCUCCGGGGCACCACGAGCAACCAUUACCCAUCACCGAUCUCAGUAAUGCCAAGAUGGCAUGCCGGCAGAACCACGUGAACAUUGCUCAAGAGGAGCGCCAGCAGUACACCAAUAAUGAAGACAACUUGUGCAAAGGGGGGAUGGGAGACGCCCCCAGAGGGGUCCUCAAGGACGUGCGUCAGCCUCAGAACAAGCUGGAGGCUGACAGUAAGGCCUACAGCCAGCCAACGAGCCACAGCAACAAUGACAGCAAGCCUCACCGUGAACGGAAACACCGACAGGCCUCCAAAUACACCUCCAGCAAGGCAGAUGCAGACAGAUGCAGCGGCAGCGGCAGCAGUAGCAGCAAAUAUGGAGUCAUAAAGGGCUCUGAGUGGAUCUGAGCUAGGAGACUGUGACUGAUGGUCUUGUUAUGAUUCAACUUUCUCAGACUGACUCAUUAUUUACAUUUGUUUGCGCAAACUGUGUUUAAAAAUAAGUAGACACAGUGCCCAGAUUACAUUCUUUUCUGGAGUAUUCAUGGCAUUAAAAUAGUUAUAAAUGAUUAUUAGUGUCAGGAUCUACCUUGUAGCAGUCCACUGACAGCUCCAUCCUCUGAGGAUCAAACAGUUUCAUAAUUUACCCUCAAAUCUAUAAACAUAAACAGACCCAGUGAUGAUAAAUGGUCCAUACUCAUGCCGAUAUAUUACAGACAGUGAUUCGAAUGCAUCAUUUGAUUUAGGGUUGAAACAGUUGGUUGAUUAAUCGAUUAGUUGAUCUACAGAAAAAUAAUGGUCAACAAUUUUGAUAAUCAGAUCAUUAUUUGUCAUCUUUUUCAAGAACAGAUGGCUGAAAUUUCUUGUUCUCAAACUGUAGCUUUCAAGUUAUGUUUUUAUUUAGUAUGUUUGUACUGUAUUUCAAUAACAGUCUCUUUGAAGAGCUAACAGCAAUGAAAAAUGUUCAUUUGUUUUUAUGAGCAGUAUUUAGUCCUAGGACUCAACAGUACAAGAUAGAUCCUGCAACUAAUACGUAAGUGAAAAUGUGUAAGAAAACCCAUUGAAGAUAAUGUAAAGAGGAUGAGAAAUGAUCUGUGACAAAGCUUGACAACAGUUUUUUGUCACUGUAUUCAAUGUUGAAUUACAGUGGAGUAAAAUUAUCAAAAUAUUUGUAUGUUUCGUUAAACAGCUUGUGCAGGAUGAUGUUGGUGCUGUCUUCGAUUCCUGGUGAAUAUGCAGAGGCUUCUUUGUAACCUAAGGUGCCUUACUUAAACACUCAAAGUGCUGCUUCCUGUUGACUCUGCAUCACUUUGAGUACAACUGUUGAACAGGUAAUUGUUUUCUACAAAAUGUCAUAACAAUACAGACUGAAAACAGGAGCUAGUGCUUUACUAGUUUCAUUACCAUCAACGGGGUUAAGCUUUGAACAAUAUUGUUGUAUCUGACUAUACAAAAUUGCAUUGAUAUUUUCACCAAACCAGGUUUGUUGUGGAUUGAUGUGGAGUAUAUUUGUUAGUUGGUUAUUUUACGGUGUUUCUGUGUCAUUUUUCUGAGAGGAAGGAUUAAUCUUGAAUGCUUCAACACAUUUUGAAAUGUUAUCAUUCAGUGGAAGUGAAGUUUGAUGUCCUAACCCUGUUGUCCAAAUUGUUGUCAGUGUCAUUGUCAAGCCAUUAACAUUUUUGAGAGAUUUUUUGUUUUCUUUUAGGUUAAUGUUAAGAAGGUUUUUAUCAGCAGUACUCCACUAGUUUGUGCAAAGCUCACCCAGUGCAUCUGGCUUUGGCAUUUUUUGUUUGUUUUUUGUUAAAAGCAAUUCCUAAUCAUUAAUACAUGCUUUUAUUUUCAGAUUUUCAAAUUGAAAUGUCAUUAAGGCUAGUCCUUUGCACUGUGCCAGUGUUUUUGUUAAAAUAUUUUUCUAAACAAAAGUGCACGUUUUGAAUAAAGAAUUGGUAUUA